AUGGCGGCCACAGUACCAACCGAGGAGCUUAAGAAGCUCGAAGUCGGCACAAACGGAGCAGCCGACAAGCCCAUCAACGGCAAGACCGACGCCGCCGAGAAUUCCGGUGACGACUCUGACGACGAUGGCGAGCCGGUAGACGGCGCCCCCGCGGCGGCGAAGAAGAAGAAGAACAAGAAGAGAAAGCCCAAGAAGAAGAAGAAGGCUCCGACGGCACAGACGGACCCGCCGAGCGUCCUGAUUUCGACACUGUUCCCGAACAAGAGCUACCCUCAUGGCGAGGAGGUCGAAUACAAGGAUGAGAACCUCUACAGAACCACCGACGAGGAGAAGCGGCAUCUGGACAAUCUCAACAUGGACUUCCUCACAGACUACCGCGAGGCGGCCGAGACUCAUCGCCAAGUGCGCCAGUGGGCGCAGAAGAACAUCAAGCCCGGCCAGUCGCUUACCGAAAUCGCCGAGGGCAUUGAGGACAGCGUGCGACGGCUGGUCGGCCACGACGGUCUGGAAGAAGGAGACUGCCUGAAGGCCGGUAUGGGUUUCCCCACGGGUGUUAACCUCGACCACAUCGCGGCACACUUCUCGCCCAAUGCCGGCAACAAGACGAUCCUGCAGCAGAACAACGUCAUCAAGAUCGACAUCGGCGUUCACGUCAACGGCAAGAUUGUCGACAGCGCCUUCACGAUGGCUUGGGAUCCCAAGUACGACAAUCUGCUCGCGGCCGUCAAGGACGCGACCAACACGGGCGUCAAGCAUGCAGGCAUCGACCAGCGCCUCGGCGAGCUCGGCGAGUACAUCCAGGAGGCCAUGGAGAGCUACGAAUGCGAGAUUGAUGGCACCACAUACCCGAUCAAGUCGAUCCGCAACCUGUCUGGCCACACGAUCCUGCCGUACAGCAUCCACGGCACCAAGAGCGUGCCGAUUGUCAAGAGCAACGACCAGACCAAGAUGGAGGAGGGCGACGUCUUCGCCAUCGAGACCUUUGGCAGUACCGGAAACGGCUAUGUCCACGACCAGGGCGAGGUGUCGCACUAUGCUCUGCGUGACGAUGCGCCUAAGGUGGAUCUGCGGCUCGCCUCGGCCAAGAACAUUCUCAAUGCCAUCAAGAAGAACUUUGGCACGCUCCCGUGGUGUCGGCGAUACCUGGACAGAUUGGGUCACGACAAGUACCUGCUGGGUCUCAACUCGUUGGUUCAGGCCGGCAUUGUCGAAGACUACCCUCCAUUGGUGGACAAGAAGGGAUCAUACUCCGCACAGUUCGAGCACACAAUUCUCCUCCGCCCGACAUGCAAGGAGGUUAUCAGCCGUGGCGACGACUACUAG